CUGCAUCCAAAUCAUCCUUUCAUAUCCCAAUCACAAUAAUUUCUCUACACAUUUUUCAGCGAAGGUGGUGGAGUAAUUAUAUAGAUAUAUAUACGGGUGCCCUUUUUGAGGAUCUACUACAGAUUUUUGCUUAAUGUGAUGGAAGGAUCACUUGGUCUUCAAAAGAUGAUGAAGGCCAUCCCUUCAAAGGCUUUGGUUAUCAGAAUAAAUAUCUUCUUCCUCGCUUUCUUUCUACUGGUUUACGCAGUUCUUCUUCUGCAGCCAUCUUCUUCUGUUUAUUUUGAGAAUGCAGCGUUGCUUGUUCGGUGUUCAUUGCGCGGGUGCCAUCACAAGGCGGAGACAGGCAUUAAGAUGAAGAAGGUGGUCUUGGAGGAGACGGACGCCGCCAUUGAUUCACCAAAGCCGCCUAACGGAAACUUGAGCAAGAUAGAAAUGCCAAGCUUCAUGAAGGAGAUGCUGAGGGUGAGAGGAAUGAAAAUUGGGAUGGUGAAUAUGGAUGACAUGGAUGUGAGUGGAUGGGACAUCAGCGAGAUUAAACCAGUCAAAUUCCAACAGGUUUCAGAGCUGUUUGAAUGGAAAGAUUUGUUCCCUGAAUGGAUAGAUGAAGAGGAAGAGACUGAUGUCCCAACCUGUCCCGAGAUACCGAUGCCGGAGUUUAGAAGCUAUGAGAGUAUGGAUAUGAUAGUGGCUAGAUUGCCAUGCAAGUUUCCAGAAGAGGGUUGGGCGAGAGACGUGUCGAGGCUCCAAGUUCAUCUGAUAGCGGCAAAUUUGGCAGUGAAGAAGGGGAAGAGGGAUUGGUAUGGAAAAACAAAGGUAGUGUUUUUGAGCAAGUGCAGGCCAAUGAUGGAGCUGUUUAGAUGCAACGAUUUGGUAAGAAAAGAAGGUGAUUGGUGGCUUUUUGAGGCGGAGAUGGGGAGAUUAGAGCAGAAGGUCUCCUUGCCGGUUGGGUCUUGCAGGCUGGCUUUACCCCUCUGGGGACAAGGUAUCGAUGAAGUGUAUGACAUCUCCAAGAUCUUAAGCUCCACAAAGACACCGAAACGAGAGGCCUACGCCACGGUUCUACAUUCCUCUGAAGGCUACGUUUGUGGAGCCAUAACCCUUGCUCAAAGCCUCCUCCAAACAGGCACCAAGCGCGACCUCAUCCUGCUCAUAGACAAUUCCAUCUCCACCAUUAAACGCGACGCCCUUGCCGCUGCCGGGUGGACCAUCCGCCUCAUCCAGCGUAUUCGAAACCCUAGAGCCGAGAAGCGCACGUACAACGAGUACAACUACAGCAAGUUCCGACUUUGGCAGCUCACCGACUACGACAAGAUCAUAUUCAUCGACGCUGACAUCAUUGUUUUGCGUAACCUUGACCUCCUCUUCCACUUCCCUCAGAUGUCGGCCACCGGCAACGACGUGUCGAUCUUCAACUCCGGCAUCAUGGUCAUCGAGCCCUCUAACUGCACGUUUCGAGUGCUCAUGAAGAACAGAAAAGACAUAAUCUCCUACAACGGCGGCGACCAGGGUUUCCUUAACGAGAUCUUCGUGUGGUGGCACAGGUUGCCCAGGAGAGUAAACUUCUUGAAGAACUUUUGGGCAAACACAACAUUGGAGAUGAGUGUGAAGAACGAGCUCUUUGGGGCCGAUCCUCCCAAGGUUUAUGCGGUACAUUAUCUGGGAUUGAAGCCUUGGAUGUGUUAUAGGGACUAUGAUUGUAAUUGGGACAUAGAGGACCAACGUGUUUAUGCGAGUGACGUGGCGCACCAGAGGUGGUGGAAGGUUCACGACGCCAUGGAUGAGAGGUUGCAAGGUUUUUGUGGGUUAACGAAGCUGAGGAGGACCAACUUAAAUUGGGAAAGAAGGAAAGCUGGGAAGAAGGGGUUUCCUGAUGGGCAUUGGAGGAUUAAUGUUACAGACCCUAGGCGGUCUCAUUUGAUUGAUUAGAAUUUGUAAUCAUUCUAGUUUCAUUUCUUCCAUAGAAAGGAUAUUUGGGAUUUUUUUUCUUUUAUAUUUCCACAUAAUUUAUGUGUGAAUAGGGUGUAAUUACAAGACAAUGCAUAUGAGAUGUUCGAGUUAUAUGAUCCUUUACAUUUAUUUUUUGCAGGGAUCAUAGACAAAUUU